AUGUUCAGCAUAGAGGACGUCGAUCCGGACGAGAGAGACGACGAUGAAGAGGCCGAGAACGUGUCCGUCGGGUCGAUACUGAUCGACGUUGCGGGCAUCGAGAGCCACAUCUGUGACCAAGGUGCGACUAAUGAUGUGACAGGGCGCGACUGUUGA